AUGUUCAAGAAGAGGCUUGGAAGUUUGAGCAGAAAAGGUGACAAGAGUCCAAUCGAUGCUCCUCCGGAGACUUCGCCCAAGAUGCCAUCGAUGCCGUCGAUUUCGCUCCCACGGUCUCGAGGCGCAUCUGGGAUUUCGGCCGGGCUCGAUACCAUUCCCUUCUCCAUCGAGGAGCUACAGACUUAUGGUAUUGCAGGCAAGGUGAAGACUUUGGCAUUUGAUCCCAUGCAGAGUUUGAUGGCAAUUGUCACCGAUUUGAACCAUGUCCAUAUAUUUGGUCAGAGCAGAGUUGGCUUCGCACUUACAUUGACAACAACGAGUGCUAUACGUGGACUGCGGUUUGUCAAGGGCGUCUAUUUGGUUGCGAUCGACUCUUUCAACACGAUAUUUGUGAUCUCGCUCGCGUCCAAAAAGCUCUUGCACAAGAUUGUUGCCAAUAACCAAAUCACGGCUUUUGAGACAGACUAUUCUUUGGAGUUUAUCUAUGUUGGUCUGAACAAUGGUACAGUUAAAGCGUACAACGUGGAGACUGGGCUUGAGACCAUUUUGUCUCUUCGCGAGCAACAGUACCAUACCUUCAUCCUGGAGAGUUCGGUUCAGGUCACCUCCAUUAAGCUGAGUCCGCGUGACAUUGGCACAUUACUGAUUUCGUACCCAAAGAUGACGAUCGAGUUCAAUCUGGCGGAAAAUCGCGCCGUGAAGGAGUUUAUCUACAAACUGCCCCGUGGUGCCCCUGGUGGAGAAAACGCCACGUACAAGUACGAUGCUACCGGGUACUACAUUCCGAACGUUGUCCAGUCGUUGUGGCAUCCAAACGGACUUCACGUGGUCACAAUCCACGACGACAACUCGCUGGUUUUCUGGGACGCGCUGACCGGAGAACAAAUCCUGGCCCGCUCGCCGUUUGACAGCUAUGUCGACACUCCAUCGGGAGAAUCCCAUAGUGGUCAGAAAAUGACAAAGAUCCGCAAAGCAGCAUGGCUUUGCGAGAGCGAUCCGGAAAAGACGUCAUUGUUGUUCUGCGGAGGAGACUCAUAUGAAACAGAAGGGUAUCACCAGAUCGUACGGAUGGAUUUUGGGAGAAUGCUAUCAUAUUCCAUGACCAGCUACACUCAGAUGGCCAAAUAUUAUGCUCAGCCAAAACAGCAAAACAUAUUUGCAAUUCACGCUGCUGCAAGUAUUGUUGAUUUUGUUCCACUGGGAGAGGAGUCUCCGUAUUACGAUGGCAACCACGGACCGAAAUUGAUCGCGCUGACGCUCAGCGACGGGUCUUUGAAGUUUAUGAAUUACCCAACUGGAAACCUAUCUUUUAGGGCGAACUUGUUCCCGUCUACGAUAUCGUGGCUGAAUCCGAAAAUCACUUACUCGUCCUCGUCUUUUAUUGACAAGAAGGUUUUGAAUGGGAUAAUAGAUACACAGACGAAGCAGCAGAGCGUUUUGAAGGGAGGUAUUCCUGGUCGGCCAAAGUACAAAGCAGACGUUGGUUCGGUGAUCAUUUCUGGACACGAGAACGGCUACAUUCGCAUUUGGAGCUCCUCGGAGGGGGAAUUGGAUAGUUCCAAGGCGUUUGAGAUCGACAUCUCGCGGAUUCUGCUGGACGACUCUCCACAGUUCUCCAUUUCUCGCGUCUCCUUUGCACCAGAGCAGCUGGAAAUCUCGUGCAGCAUGUACAACGACGACGUGCUACUAUUCAGUUACCAACAAAACAAAAACUUCCAGCCCACCGAGGGAGACCUGAACAGACGGAUGAGUUCGUUGGAGCUCUCGUCUACUAAAGCUGAGAAGCAAAUUAUAGAUAUCAGCGACAGAGCUCCAAGAGACCUGAAAAAAGGGUUUUUGCCCAAAGUCUUGAUUAAGAGCAUGGGAUACGGGAAGGUGACUGCGCUGUGCAAUAGUAAUAUCGGAUUUGUGGGAAUUGGAUACGAGUCGGGACAGCUGAUUGUGGUUGACCGCAGAAUCAAUGCUGUUAUUUUCAACCAUCAGUUGGUGGACGAUGGACUAUCAUUAGCCAUUUAUCCGACCUCCAUUGAGUUCGCGUAUGGCCAGCCUGGUUUGGUGAUGUUGGUUGGAACAAGAAUUGGUCGGCUUUUAACGUUUGAGAUCACUAACUCUGGCAGAUUUUCGUUGCGGCUGAUCGACCAGCUCGACUCCAACGACGGAGAAAUCACAGAAAUCAUCCCAAUCAAUUCAGACACCGGACGUCCAGCAACAGCCAGUAUUAGACAUGUGAACUCGCCCGUUUCCGCAGACCGUGUUCCGCUGAGCAUCAUUACGGCUUCCUCCAGCGACGUGAGGAUAGUGAAGAACGGCUCCAAGAUGGCCCACAAGACGUUCGGCAAGGGAGAAUUGUCCAAGGUGGGGAUCACAGGAACGAAAACCCAAAAAGGUAAUGUUGCCUUUUGUCUGGUUGCAAUUCUGGGAGCGUCCAAGAAGUUUGUGGUGUAUUCCAUUCCGUCCUUGUCAGAACUGACAAACAUGCGCAUCCCGUAUAGAGUUGAUCCAAAACUUGUAUCACAGAGCUCUGUGCUUCCAUUGGGAGACGUGUUUUUGAGAAUCAAUGCCACGGAGGCCGCACUGGUCAAUAUUAUGGGUCUUCGUCAACCAGUGUUAUCUCUGGAGACUAUCAAUGGGGACGACAUCUUAUUCUUGCAGAACGUCCUAAUUCCUUACCGACCAACGACAAACUACUUUGUCAAGGGAACAUCGUCGUUGACAUAUUCGAGACUGUACAGCCUGCUGGUUGGCAGGGAUCGUCCUGCCAGUUCGACGAAGCCAGAGUACGAACUAGCGUGGAACAUUUCUCCGUACAAUCCGUCAAACCACACGUUGAUGGGCGUGUCGAAGCCAAAGUACUACGACCCUAACGCCCUGCACCAGCACCCGGGACUGACAGAAAAACCGGUUGCACCAUUGAACGUUUCGUCAGUGACCAAGAGCAUCUCCAGAUGGACGAAUCUGGCGCAGAACCGGCUCGACACUGCCAACGACCGCGUCGACGACUAUAUGAACGACAUGAACGAUAACUUCGACAAUUUCGUCUCAGAUACAAAGUCCCAGGCCAUCAAGGGGCUGCUUGGAAGCAAGCUUGGUCUGUGA